AGAAAUUGCCGAGCACUUCGAAAAAUUGUCAUCAUAUUGUUUACACUGUUGGAAUUACAUUCCAUGUCCUAUGAACCGAUUUUUAGUCAUUUGAAUCCUACUAACAUACAUUUGCAAGGAUCUUAAUAAGUGAGCAGAGACUAGUGGCUAUACCUGUGGACCAACAUCUACAUCCAAACACAAAUACACGAUCGCGAGUGCGCACUAAGAACAGUCUGAAUUUUAAACAGCAAGUUACUUACACAUAACUCUAUAGGAAUUCAUUCUUUCGACGAACAACUAGAGAAUUCCCUACCUAACAACGCUUGUGUGAACUGAAACCCUGGAAUAUUUUAAACAACGACUAAAAUCACCAUAAACUUUAAAUGCUACACUCCUCCAAACCGGAAGUUUAUACUCAAGAUUUGAGGCCUUUCCGGUAGACUACAAAUACAGAUUUAUCAGCUGAAAAGAGAUAAUUAUUGCUGUGUCUGUCCACACUAAAAAGACAAAGCUUAAGAGGAAUCCCCAACAUAUCGGAUAAGAGCCAUCUGACAUAACCACACCCAUGGCGACCGGGGGAGCGGAUGAUAAACCAUGCACACCGGAAGAGUUGCUUAACAUAAUUACAUGCCAGAGUGGCAUUUGUAUGUUGCCGACCGACGCGUAUAACGAGGUGUUCCCCAAUAUCUACAUAGGAGAAGAGUCAAUUGCAAAGAACCGGACAGGGCUGAAGAAGCUUGGAGUGACCCACCUACUGAACGCUGCCCAGGGGAAGACUAACUUCCAUGUUAACAUUAACUUUGAAAUGUUUAAACGGGUUGAUAUCAGCUAUUACGGGAUUGAGGCGAUGGAUCAAAUGAACUUUCAGUUGACACCAUUUUUUGAUAAAUCGGCUGAGUUUAUCCAGAAAGGUAUCGAUUCUGGGGGGAAGGUGAUGGUGAACUGUAAAGUAGGCGGGAGUAGGUCGGCUACCCUGGUUCUUGCCUACCUCAUGAUAAAACAUCAUUUAACAAUACAGGAUGCAACACGAUUGGUCAGGUCUAAACGAGAAAUUUGUCCGAAUGACGGUUUCUUGCAACAAUUAUGCGAUCUCAAUGAAAAAAUGAAUAAGACUGGACAUUUUGACCAUAAACCAGAAGAAAUCUCCAAAACUGAGGAAAACGUAUAAUGAAGAAAAGAUGAAAAAACCCCAUUAUUUUAGCCCGGUUAAUGAAAGUGUACUGUUGAACAAUAAUUACAUGAUGAACGUCUCGAGAAAAAUACAGGAUUUACAGGAAUCGUUUAUGAAAUUGUUUACCUGUUCAACAGUUCUGUUCGGAAUAAUAUACUGAUGAAGCUACCGACAGCAUCUACACAGUUCUCAGUUUAACCCAUCAACAAUUUACCAUGUCAUGGACGCUAGAGUUGAAAAUGUUUUUUCUCGUGAGUUUCGUAGGCUUUAACAACCAAUAAGUCGUAGGAAUUGCAAACAUUAUCAUCUCCUCAUUUGAAGAGUUCAAUGUAAUGCAAUGGUCACGUCUCGUCUACUAAAGUAUUCUUUCUACCAGAA